GUUAGAAAUGGCCACAUCAAAAGGAUCACGGACAGACGAUAUCCAGUCUUUCGUGCUCGAAAUACUGGGCACAAACGUCAGCACAACUUUCAUCACGUGCCCUGCCGAUCCUCGAAAGACGUUGGGCAUCCGACUUCCUUUCCUCAUCAUGAUUGUCAAGAACAUGAAGAAAUACUUCACAUUUGAAGUUCAGAUCUUGGAUGACAAGAAUGUACGUCGGCGCUUCCGAGCGAGCAACUUCCAAAGCACAACUAGGGUAAAGCCCUUUAUCUGUACAAUGCCAAUGCGUUUGGAUGAAGGCUGGAACCAAAUCCAGUUCAACUUGGCUGACUUCACACGCCGCGCCUAUGGGACAAGCUAUGUGGAAACACUGAGAGUGCAGAUCCAUGCAAACUGCCGUAUCCGGCGGGUGUACUUUGCGGACCGCCUCUAUUCUGAAGAUGAGCUGCCCGCAGAGUUCAAGCUGUACCUGCCAGUGCAAGCUAGAGCUAAAGUUUGAAGUUCCUCACAAUGCCCAUUACAGUGGCAUCCUUGUGCACAACUUUCACCAUUUUUUUUUUAGCUGUACAUGGGUGCAUAUGCAUGAAUAGCUCUUGAUCAGUUAUUUAUAGUGCAGGGAAGCAACAGCUGUGCCGAUUUAUUACAAACCCUAUUUUUGCUCCGAGAAAACGAUGAAAUUGUGCCAUGCAGUGCCAAAAUGCCCGACCAGGCUAAACAUUUUUUCAGUUGCGCUCAUUUCAGCGAGAAAUGAAGGCCACGUUGUCCACCUUCAAUUUCCAUCAUCAAUAAACCCAUGCUGUAAGCAUCCAGAUAAUGUUCAGGUUUAGUACAAGCGCUGGCCACAGUAUCGUGGCACAAAUGCGAAGAGACCCUGCGACAAGGUCGCUUGAAAGGACUGAGCGUGUCGAGAAAGACGCACAUUUUUUUCUUCUUGCAUUUUUUAAGCACCAAGCAUGCUAGGCAACUUAAGCUAAAAACGAAAGUCGCGUUUUUGGAGAAUAAAAAACGCCACGUGCGGCAAACAAUGCA